AUGGCGGAGGCAGUUUUUUUAAAUCUCAUAAACAAUAAAAAUUUAGAAUCUCGAUUUAAAGUUGAUAGUGCUGGACUUAUUGGUUAUCAUGCUGGAGAAUCGCCCGAUGAACGAACAGUUCGGACAUGCCUAAAACAUGAUGUACCUAUAAAACAUUUCGCGAGAAAGAUAAUAAAACAAGAUUUUCUUGAUUUUAAUUAUAUAUUGUGUAUGGACAAUUCUAAUUUAAGAGAAUUGAUGAAAAUUCAAUCUAAAGUCAAAGUCAAUGGACCGAAAGCCAUUGUAAAAUUAUUUGGAGAAUAUGAUCCACUUGGUGUUAAAAUCAUUGAAGGUGAAUAUCAAAAAAUGUCUUCUUCAAUAUAUUUCGUUUUAAUUGUUACUAGAUGUUCAGAGGCGUUUUUGCAAAGUUUAGGAAUUGAAAAUGAAUUGCCAUAA